AUGAGUGAACUACCGGUUGAACUUCAAAAGUUAGUUGAAAAAGACAGAAAUACCAAAAAUCAAUGGAUCAGCUGUGCGUUUAGCUUGAUCAUUUUUGCUGUGCAUGGUGUCAUCUUUUUCUGGAUUCCACGAACAUUGAGACAAAAGAGGUUCGUCAAAUCCAACAGGUUUAAACUAUACUUUGUCUUGCUCAACAUUUGGAACACAUUAAACUACACUUUAUCUAUGAGAAUAAGGAGCAGAAAGAUAUACUAUAAGCCCAGUGUCUUGAUAUUGUUUUUGUUUUUUAUCCUAUUGAAUGGGAAGUUGUGUUACGUUGACACCCACGACAUCACAUAUAUACCAAAGACAUUUGCUAUUGCUAAGAGAUGUGCCAGAGUCGGUAUUGGCCAGGUUCCAGCAAUCUUCCUUUUGAUUACCAAAGGUGACUUUAUCACUGGUGUGACGGGCCUCACUUACGAACGAACGACUUUUCUUCACAUUUGGUUUUCAUUUAUGAUGUUUGUUGUUGUUACAUUCCACGUAGCUGUUGUUUUUUACUACUGGGACAAACCCGAAUGGUCAAGUAUACAUCCAAAAUAUCCCCAGAAUGUUUAUGGGAUUAUUGCAUACGCCACUUUUGUCUUGCUUGCGUUGGGUAAUGUCAAAAUUAUCCGUAAAUACUGGUACGACCAAUCAAUGGUCAAUCAUCGUGUUCAAUCUUUUAUUAUGCUACUUAUGGCAUUCUUUCAUAACAAUAGCGCUAAAGCCAUGGUAGUAAUUGGUGUACACUUGUUGGUUCUCGACAAGGUUAUUGGACGUAUAUAUGGGAUUGUGCAUAGUAAGAAAUCGCCCACUAAAGGUUGGUCACAGUUUGAGAUGUUGGAUGAUGAUAUUAUGAAAGUGUCCAUACCUGUAAAGGUUAAUCACAAAUUUAACCCCAACUCGUGGUUUGGAUUGAUCAAGUUCAAAUACGGAAAUUGGAAAGCUGGUCUGCACAUCUAUUUCAAUGUUAGAAAGAUUGACUUUUUUCAGCAUCAUCCCUUUAUGAUUGCAAGCUUGCCCGAUUCUGGAAAGAUGGUUGUUAUUGUGAGAAAAAGAAAUGGCUUCACUAAAAAGAUGUUUGAAAAAUUUAUCGAACUAAGAGAUAAACAAUUGGCCGGGGAGGAGACAGAAAUGGAUUAUAUUCUUUGGUACAGGCCAAAGUUGGAUAAAUUGUUCAUGAAUUUGAGACCUGUUUUGGAGAGGUUGAGGUUGAAGAGUACAUCGUCGCCAAAUGCUACCGCAACAUUGCCAGAGUACAGAAAAAUCGUCAACCCGGAAACUGUUAUUUGGAAGGUAGCAUUCAGGGGUCCCCUGGGAGGCAAAUGCCAACCGUUGUUGACGUUUGAUUCGGUGGCAUUCCUAGCACAAGGUCUUGGUGCUUCAUUCAUUUUACCUGUAUGCUUGGACUUGCUACAAACUAUCGACAGAAAAGAAGUCGACAAAGACUACUUGGGGAGACCUGCACACCCUAUUAUUUCCGUCUAUUGGUCCGUGGAGUCUGUUAAAAUGACUGGCUAUUAUAGCCAUUUACUUGGUAAGUUAAUCAAGUUUAUCAAAUUGGGGAAGUUAAAGCUCAUAGUAUUCAUUGAAGGAGAAGCUGUAAAUGACCAACCCAUAGAGUUGAAUCCAUUCAAGAAUAACGGCGACAAAAACGAUGUGUCGGUGAGAGUAAGUACAGAAGUGGAAAAAUGCAACUCGAGCAAUAUUUCAAUGGUUCACUCUAUUCCCACCAAACUCUUUCAACCUAUGGAUAUUGACCAAACACUCAAAACACACAUCGCCAGCAUCGAGUAUUCAGGCAACAACUACUUUAAGUCAUUGGCUAUUUUGAGUUGUGGGGAAGACCAGAACUUUGGAAAGAGUGUGGAGUAUCACACUCAGAGCUAUAGGUGGAUGAAAGAGGCACCUAAUAUCUAUUUUUAUAAUGAAUCGUAUUACUCAUAG